AUGGCCGUUACAUUCGAGUCCCUUCCCGUCGAACUAAUAGCAGAAAUUCUUGGAGAACUGGACAUAGAAUAUUUGAUAAAAAUGUCCUAUCUGUCCCGCAGACUCCAUGCCAUCACGUCUGAUUCGUCACUGAACCCAUGGAGACGGCCCAUUUUGCGCAAUCUUCGUUCGGCGACUUAUGAAGACUGCCUUAAACACCUUAGCGUUCGACAGACUGUCCCGAGACAGAACUGGAUUGAAAUUCUCAGCUUAGCACGUCCCUCGUUCAUCCUAUUCGACGCGACGCUACCCAACCUUAGUUCGGUCGACUGGGAAGAGUGCUUCAAUCGUCGGUUCCUCCCUGGCUGGAAAAAGUGGAAGAAGGAUGGCGCAUCGUGGAGAGAAGCUUUUAUAAAGUUUGUUCCAAUAUUUGGACAAAGGCUAUUACACCGAGUCUGGCAUCGCAGUCUGACACCUUGCACGGCGGAUGAAUCUUGGACUAAGUAUAUUGUACUGAAUCGGAACGGGUCUGCGAACGAGUUAGAGGUUUCGUCAAGGACAUUCAACCCUGUUGCUAUCUUCAAUGAUAUGAAACUACAAAGCAACCUCGCUCAUCUAGAGACCCGCAUCAGACUUGUGGUAACGCUUGCAGAUGUUCGUAUAUUGGCUUUCGGGACUUUGAAUCGACCCCGAAGUACAUUGAUGGUUAACCCGAACGCCCACAUACUUUUGCAUCCUCCAGGCAUUGAAGCGGAUGAAAGUGACUCCAACCCAAGAAUACAAAGAAUAGAUCAUUAUGUUACAGACCAUGGUGUCUAUCCCAUGGGAGAUGAGUUAACAGACAGCCAACUUACAUAUCAGGUCACAUACGACAGCUACACUCGUUUGACACAUCCUCUUCCUGCUGUCUCCCAUUCCGGUUACCCAUGGUUUACACCUGGCGGUGGCGACAAGCGCUGGCUGGGUUCCGGUGCAGAGGAGGAGGAGGGUCUUUGUUGGGUGGGCGGCUUGAUGGUAGUCGCUCAAAUUGUCGGACCUAAGUCGUACGAACGAUCGGGCGACUGGCCGCCAUUGCAAGACUUGGAUCUUGUUCUAGGUCCAGGACGUCAGCAGUACGCAUCAUUUACUUGGAACGACCUCAACGCGAUAGCUCCUUGGAUGGAGGAGCGCAUUACUAAGAAGAUCAACGGACAGGGUCUGGGUAUCUAA